GUGGAAACUGGCGGAUAACAUAUGCAUAACCUGAUUUAAUAUCACAGUCAAAUUCAUUGCAGAAAAGAUGGACUAUAUAAUUUUCAUUUGUAAAAUUGUUUAUAUUCUAUUUUGUCUACCAAGUCAUCAGUGCCAAAAAUGUGGCACCUUACGGGUCUUAAAUACCGACGACAUCAAUCAAGGUGAAGAUGUGAGACUAGAGUUUUCAAUUAACCGAAGUUAUAACACAAAUUUGGUCGGAUGGUGGAAAUAUAAAAAAUGGAUAGACACUACUUUACCUCGUUUCUCUAUUGACAUUCAACCUGACCGUGUCAUGUUGAUAAUACGUAACUUCACAGUCGUGGAUAACGGUGAAUAUGGAGUGAAAUUAAGAAAUACAGACUGUUCACCACCGAGAAAUAUUUUACUUACGGUGAAAGAGACAAAGGUACUUUCCAUAAAUCCCAAAUUCGCUGAAAGCUUUAACAUCCCAGAGAUUGAUUGUGCAAAUUGCCUGGUGGGAACUGUUUGCGUCUACAAGAAAGUGGAAUGUAUUGUGUUUGGAGUCAGCAGGAAAGACCUGAACAUAGAGAUGAAGCUGAAGAAAAAUGGUCAAGAUGUACCAAAUGUGACUGUGGAAGCUUCCUCCUUUUAUCGAGCAUUUUAUGACUACAUGCCGAGUGCAGAAGAUACAGAUCAUACCGUUACUUGCGAGGUUACUAGAGCUGGCCAACAGCCGGUUACAGUAUCAAUCACUCUUGUAAUUCUGCGGAAACCAUCGAUUCCUGAAAUUAUAUUGCCGGCUUCAGUUAAAGAAGGAAAUACUGAACAUAUUACUUGCAAAGCAUUCAACGCCAGACCAGAGCCAAGACUCUACUUCACGUACAAUAAAACAACUUACAAUACAAGCAACAGCUUUUCCAAAAUGAAAGACGAUAAAACAGUUGAUGCUAAAACAAUUUUCGAACAAACGUUCAGCCGAUAUGACAAUACUAGGAGUUUAAAAUGUUGCGUUGAGUUUAAAGAGUUUGACAAAAACACACCGAAAAUGUUAACGAAUUGCUCGACUUAUGUCAUUGAUGUGUUAUUUCCACCGAAGUUUCUACAGAUUGAGGAAUUAAACAGAACCAACGAUGAAGAAGGUAAUACCAAUCUCAUGCUGCAGUGUACAAGCGACGUAUCUAAUCCAGAUAGUACAAUAAGAUGGAACAUUUCCCCAAAUGUUAAAAGAUCCCAGGUAAAGGAAAAGGUUAACGAACUGUCUGGAAAUUUUUUAUCUGCAAACCUAAGACGACAUAACAACGGAGAAACGUUAUCAUGUUACAUAGAAAAUCCUGCGUUUCCGGAAAUAAAAGUUACCGAAACCUAUACACUCAACAUCACAUACAAGCCGUUCAUUAGCUUUUCUCCCAGUUCCUCAAUAACGACCUACGUGGAUGACAGUAUAAGCGUUUUAUGUCAAUGUGACGCAAACCCACCAGCUAAGAUCGAGUGGUCGAACACUUCUUCGAAUGAAAUAGGUGAAAGGACUGAAGUGAGCCUUGAAUUGAAAAUGCAAUUUCAUUCCACUGGUCGUCAUAACUUUACGUGCAAUGCAACAAAUGCAAUGGGGUCGGCAGAAAAUGCAGUCCUUAUCUUGGUAAAAGAAAAACCUUCUGAAUUAACAAAAGCGAUUCCAAGGCCUACGUCACUAUCCACUGGUAAAGUCAUCUCUUCAUCCAUGCUGAUUGGAAUUAUUUGCGGGUGUCUGGCGAUUGUACUUAUCGUUAUAAUAGCAUUCGUUUGUGUGGUGGUUGUAUGGAAAACACGAGAGAAAACACCGACUAGAGAACGUUCUGAUAAUGUGCUUAUUCAGGAGGGAGAACCGAGUUUUCAACCGCUAGGUCCUGAUUACAACGAUCUCGCUGGCACCAAUCCCGUUGAAGCUCCAUCUGGAGCUAUUCCUGGGCCGGUUGAGUAUACCUGUGUUGUUAAAAGGGCAGUGGGACAGGCUACAAAACCUCAGGUUCUUAAAAGCACCAAACACAGUGAUGCUCCUUCUGAAGCUAUUGCUGAGCCGGUUGAGUAUACCAGUGUUGUUAAAAGGGCAGUGAGACAAGCUACAAACCCUCAGAUCGAAGAUGGAGCACUCAUCUACGCUGAUCUUGAUCUACCGGCAGAGGGCUCCACACGAAGAAAACCAACAGUGAAUUCAGACGCCGAAACUACAUACGUUUCAAUUGAUUUUGCGCAGACAAAGAAAAUGAAGCGAUCUGUGUUAGACGAUUAGUCACAAAAUUAUUCUUGUGGAAAGAUGACCACAUGACUAUUUGUAUGUUAAUGUUAUAUUGCAUGAUUAGCAUAUUAUACGUGGAACAGUUUUGAUACCUGGAUAACUUUAUAUAUUUUUAACGUAAUUCUGCCCUUUUUCAAAAGUUUGAGACCGACGGCAUAUACUUAUAUUUUUAGGUAACGCGUCCAAGUGUCAAUGACUUAAAACAGACCUCUAGUCCUAACAUUAAUCAUGCACUAGUACUGACACUGUAACGUUAGGAUGAAUUAUAUCAGCUUGUUUAUUAUUGAAGGUAUUGAAAAAGAACUGUGACUGAUGUUGGAAAAACUUGUCGCCCGAUUAUCUUGCAUUUCCAUACUGCUGAACUUAAACGAUGUGACAUUACUUAUGACUUAUUAAUUGUGUUGCGUAAAUAUUCAUGCAAUACCUUUAUUGGCCUUUUUUUUCAAAAUGUAUCUUUAUUAUCGGAACAAAACUACGAUACCAUUUAAAAAUGUAGUAUUUUUGUCUUAAUAUUAUCAACAUGUCACAACGUAAAAUUUAUUGUUCAGUUAAGUUAUUUUGCUGAAAGCAGCACUGAAUAUUAGUAACGACAUAUUCGUUAAACGUUUUGUUUGAUUUGUUCAAGUAUACUUUACUGGUGUUCAGAAUAUUUUGUCAAAAUUGGUCAUGCUAUGAAACAAACAAAACAUUUUCAUUUCUACGCGCAAAUUAUCGUAUAAAUCCGUAUUUUUUAUCAUUGUGUUCAGAUGAUUAUUGUUUUGAGGCACAAAGACCACAAAAUGACAAUUGGUGAGAACGAAUACGACAAAAGUUGGCUAUACACUGGGGAUGAAUACCUUCAAAUGGGGUAAUUUUACACAGUCGACUUUAAAUUUAAGACUGUACCUUCCAAUAUGUGUGAGACUUCAAACGACAUAAUGACAUAUUUUCAAACUUUCUUCCACAAGUUGAUAAUUGUUGAUAAUUGUGUACAGCAGGCUAGUCAUAUCAAAACACAUUGAAGGAGUUUCGUAAAAGACGGUUCAGUUUAGUGAACACUUGAUUUUCAUAGUACGAGGGGUAUUAUUUCCUUGUAUGGUAAAGGGUUUUCUGUUUUCAUUUCAGACAUACACGAGUGUACGUAUAACGCAUAGCUUUACUGUAUGUAUUAAAAGCAAACACAUUAUUUUGCACAGCUUUAACCGUUAAAUUUAUAAUGUUAUAUCAUGGAACUUGUUCUCUGAUUAUAAACCAGUAUGCACGUUUAAGAACAAUUUCCUUCAUCUUGGUUAUCUCGCCAAUGCAAUUGGAUUCAAAUGACAGAAGGUUUUAUGUAAACACAUGUAAUUCUAAACCCCUUGUUAAAUAAACUCUAUAUUUCAAAUAUAUAGCCAUAUUCGUUUUUGCCUAAAUAUAUUUUAUUAUAUGUGACAUAAAUUUAAGUUUUCAGGCUAAGGAUGUAUAGAAUAUUACAAAGAUUGCACAAUCAUUGGCAAUGUAUCUGCCUAAACUUUUGUUUGUUUCACAUAACGCAGAACCUAGUUUGUUUGCUAGGUUUCCAAGACCUUUAUCAUUGAUUAUGUUUUAAUGAAAUUCUUAUGAAGUAUUGAAUCUUAUAUUAGUGUAUUAGUGACCGUUAAAUAAUGAACUAUCAGAAAUUAAGAUAAGCUGAAUGGUUACCUUUCAAUGAAAGUUGUAUACGGCAUUGAAAAACUCCUUAAUAAGACUUUUAUUAAGAGAUUUGACUCAAGUUGUCAAUUAAUUUUUAAGAAAUCUUUGGGAUAAUUAUCACAAUAGGAUAACUCGUACAGUAACACUUGUUUUUUGUUUGUUUGUUUUUUUUAACUGAACAACACUGUUCUCGCAUGAGACAGAACACAUAUAAUUAGGUUAACUUUUGGAUACCAGUAAAAUACAAAUACACAAUAAGCCUUAACUAUACUCUUUGUAAAGCACACUAUUGUCUGUAAUAAGAAGACGAUUCCACAUAAAAUAAUGAAAACUUAAUCAUAAUGUUGGUAUUCUUUGGGACAUAUAUAAUAAUACAAAAUAUUAAUACACAUUUUGACGAUUAAAUGAAACAUUUUGAAUUUAAAAGAUUGUUACUGUUAUUUAUACAAAUUACUUUUUAUGACUACCCCAAUCUUAAAGUAUUCACAUAAAUAUUACCUACAAUAAAAAUAAAUAAUUUGUUGAUAUUUUGAGAUUAACAUAAAAACACAAUAUUGUCUUGUAAAUUAAACAUCAGUUUUGAAAAUAGUAUAUAAUGAAAUAAAUUAUUAUUGAAUAAAAUUGUCCAAAAAACAUUUAUAUUGAUCUUGUGACUUUUCGGAUCAUUAAAAUUUAUGAUAUGCUAUUUAUGAUUGUUUUCCCAACCUGAAGCAGAUGUAUAUAAUAUUAUCUUUCAUUUUUAUCGCUAAUAAAAUACUUAUACCUCAA